AUGAAACUCUCAGUCAACACCUGUCGCAGCUGCCGACCGACCCUGUAUUCGCGCAUAUCAUACCGGACAACAACCACAACUGCUCCAAGUCCAACCACCUGGCAAUCUCCGUCACAAUUGCAAAUACAAAAAGUCCCACCUCUCCGCGAUCUAACGCCCGGCCACAUCUCCUACUAUUGGGACACCUCAACCCCAACGAAGCUACAACUAGCCUACGCAGACAAACUCUUCGCACCCUCGCGCCACUCACCCAAAAAGCUAUGGUCGGCAGCGAAAUUCCGCACAACGCCUCUCUCCUCGAUCGAGCCGGAAGUUGCGUUCCUAGGCCGCUCAAAUGUAGGCAAAAGUUCCUUGCUUAACGCGGUCAUGGGGAAGGAGAUGUGUUGGACUUCUUCGAAGCCAGGGCGGACAAGGGAGAUGAAUGCAUUCGGUAUUGGAGGGACAAAGGGCGGCGAGUCGAAGAUUGUCCUGCUUGACAUGCCGGGUUAUGGAAAGGCGAGUCGGACGGAGUGGGGUGUGGAAAUUAUGAAGUAUCUUCAGGGAAGGAAACAACUCCGCCGCGCAUUCCUCCUAAUAGACAGCGAGCAUGGCAUAAAGCCCACCGAUGCCGCGAUCCUCAGCCUUUUCCGUCAAUACGCCAUCCCGCACCAAAUUAUCCUCUCGAAAGUCGACAAGCUCCUCUUCAAUAAGAGACCAAAGCCCACGAGUAUCCCCUCCGCCGCGAAACUUACAGGCUUGCGUACUACCCUCGAAAAACUUCGGCCAGUCGUUCAACCAGACUCCCGCACAGCACGCACUGAAGGACCCGGCGCUUUAGGAGAAUUACUGACAUGUAGUGCGGAUACGCCGAUCGGUGAAGGGCGGUUUUUGGGUGUUAGCGCUAUUCGCUGGGCUAUCAUUUCUGCAGCGGGCUUGGAUGGGACGGUCGAGGCGAGGGCGGAACUGGGACACCCUGAGCUGCUGAGUGCGGACUCGGAGUUGGUUGGUGGAGUUGCCUGA